AUGGCGACGACGUUCGCACCCACGGGGCUUUUGGGAAUCAAGACGUCGUUUGCGCCUACGGGUCUUCUGGGAGGGGUAGACGCGUCAGAGUCGGAUGCUGGGCCCAGUAGUGUCGCUGUGCCACCUGAGCCUAGGCUGGGUGCUAUCGCCACUCCACCCAGUUUUGUCUCCAACGGCUUGCUUGGCAGCGUUGUGGAAACGAAUAGUGCAAAGGACGCGGACCUGCCUCCAAGUUUUGUCUCUAAUGGCUUGCUUGGUAGUAUUGUGGAACCACCGGGGAUAAACAAUGCAGAGCUUCCGAGUUUCGUCUCUAAUGGCCUGCUUGGCAGCAGCUCCAGUAGUAAUCAAGACCUACCGGAAACAAUCAACUCCCAACCCAACACUGAACUACCACCCGCCGUCCCUGCGUACAAAUACGUCAUUCGCGCGACUACAUUCGAUGGCAAAACCGUCUUCUUCCGCAAGAAACCGAAGGCAGCACGACACAUAAGAAAUACUACUUCACGUCCAGAGCAACUUGAAAUGGGCAACCUGCUGGAUGUGCCGAUACAUCGGAUGCUGGAUGAGUUGUCGUUGGAGACCGCAACUAAGCUGCAGGCAUCUUUUGAACCAACGGCUUCUACAUCCUCAAACGAUUUACCUGAAGACACGCUCUGGGUAGACCGAUACCGCCCUCGGCAAUUUGCGGACCUGACUGGGAACGAACGUGUCGCGCGCGAAGUUAUGACCUGGGUCAAGCAAUGGGACUACUGUGUGUUUGGAAAGAACAAGGGGAAGAAGCGGGCUCGAGAAGACGAGGAGGAGAUCGCGUAUGAUGUGAAUGAUGAGUAUAGACGGCCAAGAGAAAAGCUCUUGCUGCUUUCCGGCCCUCCAGGGCUGGGGAAAACAUCUCUUGCUCAUGUCGUGGCGCGGCAGGCAGGCUACCAGGUCAUGGAGAUCAAUGCGAGCGAUGCGCGUUCUGGUUCAGUGAUUGACGAUCGAAUACGGCCUGCUCUCGAGUCUGGACGCGCCAUUGGGAGCACGAAGCCCGUUCUACUGGUCAUUGAUGAGAUUGAUGGGGCAACGGGGUCUGGAGACAAUUCCAGCACGUUUAUUCACAAGCUCAUCCAACUAACCCAAGAUAGAGCCUGGAAAAAAAGUCGAAGUAAAAAGAAGGAUCCUAAUGGCAAACGCCCGAUCCUGCGUCCAAUAAUAUGCAUCUGCAAUGACCAGAAUGCUGCGGCACUCACCAAGCUUCGCGCUGCAUCGCUGCAGGUCCGAUUUGCGCGACCCGCCGAUAUUCACACAGUCAAGCGGUUGAGGGAAGUUUGUGCGGUCGAAGGACUGAAAGCUGACAACCGGGCGCUGACUACGCUUGUGGGAAUCGCGAGAGGCGACCUGCGGGGGUGUUUGAAUACACUACAGUUUAUCAAGUCCCGAAACGAAGAUGUCACCGAGGCGGUCAUACGGAGGGCAACUGUGGGGAUGAAAGAGGCAGAAAGCUCGCUGAUUUCUGUGCUCAACAGUCUGUUUACCCCUUUGACGCGCAAACGCGUGCUCGAGCUUGCUAUGACGGAGGCGGAGGAGAAGCGAUACGUCACGCGGCUGAGUCGCGAAAUAGAGGCAUGUGGACGCGAUAGCAGUAUCGCUGUUGGUUGUUUUGCCCAUUACGCGACCCUGCACCAAUACGAUGCCAACCUUUUGCGGUUCGAAAAGGCCAUGGGAUGGCUUGAAACUUUCGACUUGCUCUCCGCUGCGAUGUACUCGGACGGCGAUUUUGCUCUCAGCCCUUAUGUGUCCUACACACUGGUGCCAUUCUACCCACUGUUCAAGGAACGCAAUGCCCGCGUAGAACGGAGUCAAGUAGAUUGGGAGAGCCAAGUGCGCACCAAAGCCAACGAGGAAAUCUACAAGACCCUUGCGCGUGGUCUCCGGACCGCAAGCACGCGGCAUGGCGGAGAUUACCGGCACCUUUGCACGGCCCCGGUCCUCCAACUCGAGUUUGCGCCAUAUCUAAACCGGAUCAUAUCGCCUCCGCUGCGUCCGGUCAACAGCCAGGUAAUCCGCCCCGAAGAGCGCGCUUUGCUAGCGCGUUUGGUGAACAUUAUGGCAACGCUGGAGCUGCAGUUCUACCAGGAGCGCGCGGAAGACGGGACGCUGUCGUAUCGUCUGGACCCUCCGAUUGACGUUUUCGUUACCUACGACGGUAAACGCGCGUCAGACAUCCCCGUGUCGCGAUAUGCCGUUCGCCAUCUCGUUGCUGGCGAGAUUGAAGCCCAGUUGAUUGCGCGGCGAGUAGACAUUAUCGAGCGCGAGAAACGGGGCAAACACGACUCCUUUUUCGGCGGGAAUGCAAAGUCGUCUCCGAUCAAAGGGGAUGGCCAGGAGCACGAUCCUCCGAGCUCUCCGACAAAGGCGCUUGCAACGCCGCCUAAUAAACGAGCGCGAGUGGACGCGCCGGUGGUGGACAUUGCUGACAGACCUCCGACUGACUUCUUUGGCCGGCUGAUCACUGUGCCAACCUCGAGAACUGCGCAACACAAGAAGAGCGGGGACACCAAGUUCAGAGUUGCGUUCAAGUAUAAUGAGGGCAAUUCCGCCGCUGUGAGGAGGCCGGUCAAAGUCUCAUCGUUCCUAUAG